AUUAUAAUACUGGGGAGUAGUAGUGAGAGCGUGAGAUUCUGGCUUGAGAUGCAUGUCUGGGCUGAUUCAAGGGCGGUGGGGGGUGAUGGACAGAGCAGUGGGAGUGUAACAGCUUUGGGAGAUAUCUGUUGCUGAGAAGGCUGCUGUGUUGACCCUUCUUGUGAUGAGCCUUCUCUUCCGGUGCUUGGCUGAGGCGGCCGUACUCCAAUUUUGGAACAGAACAGGAGAGAGUCGUAGAGACGAGAAGAGUUGGAGUUGAGGUGGUUGCGUGAAGGGGAAGAGCAAGGGAAAGGGCGGGGUGUUGGUUGCGGAGUCUGGGCGAGGUCGGUGUUGGUCUCGGUGCUGGGCAAUUGACGCGUGAAGGGGGAGGCAGGUUUUAUCGGUAGAAAGACAGGCAGGCAGGCCAGGGGAAGGGUAAGGGCAAGGGCAGGGGAAGCAGGCAUAUAGGUAAGCAUAAUUGGUGGUAGUUUGUGGGCAGUUUGAUAUUGUGGAGCGGGAGAUGAAGUGCUAAUCCUUGUGGAAGGAAAGUUUGGGAAAAAGCACACGCUAAGUGGGAAGCCAAGUCGGUACGUUGUAACGUGAUGACGACGAUGCUUUCGUUAUACUACUGAUGAUGAUUACGGUGAUGAUCGUGUGAUUUUUCUUGCUGUUAUGGUGGUGGCGAUUAUGGUUUUGAGAUAUUUCCUUUGCGGUUUACGGGCUACGGCGUGGGCUUGAGAGUGGAGAAGAGGGUAACAGAGAAAGAAAGCAGAGGAGAAAGCCAAGUAGAGAGGAGAGGCGAGGGAAAUAGGUUCUCUUUGGGAGUUGGGUUUCCUGUUGAGAGUUGCAUGGGUUGCGCUUUACUCGGUCUUCUUUCAUGCCUUUGAUCGACUCAUGGAGGAACAUUCCGUUGCGCAUCUCUGGCGGUGUUUGCGUGAUCGCGCAAUGGAGAAGGAAACCAAAGAAUGGGGUAACAAGGAGCAACGCACGAUGUUAAACACGUUGAAGACUAUGUUUCCUCAGGUGGAUGUACGGAUCUUAAAGGGGACGGUGCUUGAAGGUAACGAUAUAGAUGCUGCUGUUGAGUUCAUCCUCACUGAAGUACUUGAGCAGCCCUCUACGGGAAAGGUGGACGAGCGCCUUGCGAAAGAACUCAUAUCCAAAUCUCUUAAGGCACCUGGGGGUGCAAGUGACAAACGUUUUACCGAAGUGAAGAGUGCUAAGAAUCACCAUAUCAAGGAUCAGAAUCCGUUUGAUAUCAUGGGCGAUAUGUUUAAUGUAACUGGAUCUUCCGUUCAAGAUGGAAACACCAUUGUUUGUCAAGAACCUUUGAUUGAUUUGCAGUCUGAAAAAACAGUUGAAGAUUCGAAAUUGCCUGCUUUGGGAUCAUCACCCAUUGAUAUUCCAUCUGGAACUGCCAGGAUGACCGGGGUAGAAUCUGUAACCUACGAUGAAGUGCUCCAGUCACCUUCAGAUAUUGUGAUGUCGGAAUCAUUGACCGAAAGUGAACCAGACACUUUGGCUCGUCCUCAAGAUCGUGGUCGAACUUGGAUGAAUGCUGGAAUGGCGAUUUCCGAACCGCUGUAUACACCAACUGCCGAGAAGCAACCUGUUCCACCAAUGUCUAAAGUGCAAGUUAAGGACGAGCCAGCACACGUGGCUGAAUCUCUCUACGGGAGCGUCCUGGACGGUAUCGAAGUCGAUUAUACAGGCGCUGAUGCUGGGGCUAGGAAAUCGACAUAUUCAUGGAGUGACGAUGAAGGAUCAUCCCAGAAGCAUACUUGCAGCAAAGGUAGUAGAUGGGCAUAUGAAAGUGACGAUGAUUAUUCAGAUAUGCAGGAAUCAAAGAGUUCAUUGUUGGCUGUGCCAAGUGGACAGUUUGACGGAAUGUCAAAAUUAUCAGAUGAAGGCAGCAGGUUGAUGGAAUCUUCAAUGAUGGAAGAGACUUAUGAUGGAUUGUUCACCAGCAGUGCCAACAGCGUGAUGACUGGGUCUUCACAGUUGCUUGGUGUGGACGCACUUGACGAAUUAGUGAAUGGCGCGAAGGCCGACAAGGAAGCACUUGUAGCAGCGAUCGAAGAUAUGCGAGCAAUGCGCUCUGCAGUUGAACACGCUGAAGCAUCCGCACAGCAAGCAAAGAAGGAUGCUAUGAAUGGCGGAUUGGAUCUGCUCGCUAAAGUUGAAGAGAUGCAAGUUAUGCUCGUUCGAGCUCGAGAAGCUAAUGAGAUGCAUGCUGGUGAAGUUUACGGAGAAAAGGCUGUUCUUGGAACCGAAUCUCAAGAGCUGCAGCGUCGACUUGCACAACUGAAAGAAGAGAAGGAGAGAGCCUUCGCGGCUGUUGAAGAGAUGCGGGCAACUCUGCAAGCACGCAUUGACCGUGCAAAUGAGGAAAGGGAGGCAGCUGAGAAAGAGAAGCGUCUGAAAGAGGAAAGAGCUCUUGCCAUGCUUGCUGUGGAGGAAGAGCUGAUGGCUAAGAUUGCUCAAGAGUCGCGGGAUCUUGAUGCUGAAGAAGAAACAUGUACUAAGUUGCGGGACUUCCUCGUCGACCGUGGCAGCAUUGUGGACUCUUUGCAGGGCGAAGUGGCAAUUAUAUGUGAAGACGUGGAAGCUGUAAAGAAGCAACUGGAUGAAGGUAUUCUGUUUGGAGAAAGUGGCUUCCUCCACAUGCUUGGCUCUCGGUCUCUUGGCUACUCCGUAGUUUCUGGCAAGGAUGGCAAUUUUAAAGCAGGUGACGCCAGUGAUAAUCAUUUCGGUGCUCUUAGCCAGUCCGGUAGCAGCUAUCAAAGCGCUAUUAGAGCUGGAGAAAGUGAUGCUACAAUUGAGGAACUAUCCACCUCAGAACUUGUCGACCAAGUCUCCAGGAUUGCGCUCACCUACGGUGAAAGGGAUGUUGAAGAGUUUCAAAAGACUGUAUCCGCUCAGUCCAACACUGAUUCAGGUGACGAUGAAGGCUGGAAUCUCAUAGAAACGUCAUCUGUCAAGAGCAACAAAAGCCCUGGCUCUUCUCCAAGUUCAGUGAAACGGAGCAGAACUGAAGCUUUUUGCAGUUUAAACUUGCGGGUCUGAAUGCCAUGAUGUGCCCUUCAGCGAUCAAAGAGAGUUAUUUAGCUCUGGUUUUCUUCUUCUCAUUUCUUUUCGAAGUUUUCUGUAGAUAUUCUCGUUACAGUUCAGUGGCAGAAAUAGUUGCUUCCAAUACAGGAUUCCGGCAUGCUAUCGAUACGUACAUUGGUUUUGCAACUGCAUGUUGGUGCAGCCUAAUUGUGAACCCAUUAUUUAUGCACUUUGUUAAUAUUUUAUGUUCUUCAUUGUAGAAUUACAAUUCGAUAUAUUUUUACUGGUUUAUGAUUUAUAGAGAUUUUGUGAGCAGCAGUUUCUGCUAAAUUUUUUAAUUUACAGAGAUAGAUUCAGGCAACCAAAAACUGGUGUCCGAUUAUUUUAUAUAUUGGUACAUAUUUCAAGGAUAUCAAGGGUUCGUGUUUGCGAGGUUUUUCUUAA